AGCUGUUGGCUGAAUUUAUCUAUAAAUAAAUCCUUGUCAUCAUAAAAAAAAGAAUAUUUCACACGGUUUGCACAUUUGAUUGAAAAUAAAAGAACAAAUACGCAAUAAAUUUAAGCCAUAGAAAUUAAAAGACAAACUUAUAUUUAUGCUAGGUAUGCAAUAGUCAAGUCAUACCUACGAAAAAAUAUAAAAGAACGUACUUAACAACCAAUUAGAUUAUCUAACAGUUUAAAUACGAAUUCGACUAAAAGUAUCCAUUACUAAACACUUGGUGGAUGUUAGGCUCUGAAACCCCCUAAAGGGGUCUUCAAACUUAUUACGAUAGAAAGCAGAAAAGAUAUUCGGGUUGGCAUUCUGAAAAUUUAUUCGAUCGUGUGGUUAAGUAAAAAAGAAUAGGACCAAGAAAAUGUCUUUCCGAUUGCUAAGCCAUCGACUUGCUAAACAUGGUCGUCAUUUUCUACAAAGCUAUUGCAAACGAGAUAUCUACACCAACAUUUUGGAACAAACAAACAAACGUCGUAUUCCGGCAUCAAUAACAAAGGCUGGAAAUGAAACUAUACAAAAUGCUUUAAAUGCUCAGCAUAGAAGUGGUAUUUUUCGAUUUGGCCAACAUGCAAGGAGGCUUUUCGUCGAUAACGUACUGAAUCGAGUGACAGCUCCCUAUUCCGAAGAGCUUCGAAAUCAAGCUACAAAAAAACUGUUCUAUGGAGACUCUGCACCAUUCUUUGCUUUAAUUGGAGUAAGCUUAGCAUCUGGCUCGGGAGUUUUAACAAAAGAAGAUGAACUCGAAGGAGUAUGUCUGGAAAUUCGAGAAGCUGCCAAUCGCUUGCAGAAUUCUUGGAAUUAUAGUGAUGUUUCUAAAGUACUUGAUAAUGACUUCAACAUUGACAAAUUAGAUGUUGGUCCUCCAAUAGCCAAAGGUUGUGCCGCCGUUGUUUAUGCUGCAUCGUUUAAAAAUGAAAGUGCACCGGAGAACCCAGUUCUAUCUGAAGGAAUUCCCGGUAUAAGUUACAGUAAUAUAGAAGUAAAGACACAACAAAACAAACUGGAACAAGCGUCAUUUCGACCUGAAAUGAUGUCGCCGAUUCAAAAUAUGAGUCGAUUUGUUCACAAUUUCGGUGGAAGUGCUGAUAACCUUAAUAUGAUGUACAAUCAAUCAGCUGCAAUCGAAGAAUUUAUUCACAAUGAAUCGACUAGAAAGAAAGAAGGAAAUAUACAACAGCAAAGGGAAUCUACGGAUAGUUCUAGAUUUGGCGGCAUUAGCGGAGGAAUAAAUAAUUUGGAACCAGUGGAAAACGCAAAUGCCGACAUCAAUCGUUACCCUUUAGCAAUGAAAAUGAUGUUUAACUAUGAUAUUCAAAGCAACGCAAUGUCGAUUUUACGUGCUAUGUACAAAGAAACAGUACCCGCACGUUGUCGUGCAUUAAAUGAAUCGUCUGAAGAAUGGGAGAAGCUAAUACACGAUCAAACGAAUAUCCUACCUCCACAUCCUAACAUUGUCUUGAUGUUUGGAUAUUUUUGCGGAGAAGUUCGUAACUUCCGUGAUGGUCAUAUACUAUAUCCAAUCGCUCAGCCUCCACGAAUAAAUCCUCAAGGUUAUGGGAGAAAUAUGAGCCUUUACCUCUUAAUGAAGCGAUACGACAAUAGUUUACGUAAUCUUCUUGACACCAACGAACUGAGUACGAGAGCAAAAAUUCUCCUGUUUACGCAACUUCUUGAAGCUGUAACACACAUCAACGGUCAUGGCAUUGCUCAUCGUGAUUUAAAAUCAGACAAUAUUUUGAUUGAAACAAACGAUGAUGGUACUCCUCCGAUCUUAGUAUUAUCAGACUUUGGAUGCUGUUUGGCUGAUAAAACCCACGGACUGCAAAUUCCAUACACAUCUUUUGACAUUGAUAAAGGUGGUAAUGCAGCUUUAAUGGCUCCUGAGAUAAUAAACAAACGACCAGGACCAUUUACAGUGUUAAACUAUUCCAAGUCCGAUCUAUGGGCUUGUGGAGCAAUAGCUUAUGAAAUAUUCGGAAUGAAUAACCCUUUUUAUCCAGGAAGUGGAAUAAUAGAAAGUGCCUCCUUAAAGAAUACAGAUUAUAAGGAAGAUGAUCUUCCAGAACUUACAGAUGACUGUCCUUUUAUUGUACAGCAGUUAAUUUAUACUAUCUUAAACCCUAAUCCAGCCAAACGAGUUAGUCCUGACGUUGCCGCCAAUGUGAUGCAAUUAUUCUUAUGGGCACCGUCCAAUUGGCUUAAGGUUGGUGGGAUGCCUUCAAGUCCAGAGGUCCUUCAAUGGCUUCUUUCGCUCACAACAAAAUGUAUAUGCGAAGGUCGAAUACAGAAGGACGAUAUCAGCUUUAAAAAUGGACGAAGGACUUAUGUAGAGUACUUGCUUAUUUGCAGUUUUUUGGCUCGUGCUCGUUUGCGUAGAAUUCGAGGAGCACUAGCUUGGAUUCAAAAUAUAAUUUAAGUCAGUAAAUUAGUAUUUUUGUUCUCAAAACAAUACAGAACUAUAAUGAUGUAGCUGUAACUGCAACUUGUAGUAUUAUUAAAGUUGAAAGACUUAAAAAUAUUAUAAGAGCGCUGGUUAUGUACGUAGCAGAAGUUAAAAUGAAGUCGACAUUUAAUCUACCGUUUUUUCUUGCUACAUCUUUGUAUGUACACAUUAUAGAGCUUUUAUAAUAUUUUUAUAUAUUUUAACUUUGAAAACACUAGAAAUUAUAGUUACGAAUAUGGAAGUAAACUAAAUUUUUUAGCGUUGUGAAUAACAGUCUAACAUUGCAGGUUUUCAAGUCCUAGAAAUUAUCCCUUACUAUUGAAAUAAAAUUCUUUAAAUUUGAAUCGUAAAAUAUUACUUAAAAAAAUUGGUGUGAUAAUAAUACUUUUCAUAAAUGUACACUGGAAAUUUCAUUCUCUUUCUGUUUUUACUUUUAUGUUUGCUUUGUUUAAGUUAAUAUUGAAUUUUAGUUAACCUCCCAGUGUGCUGAAAAAAAAUAAAGUACUUUAGUUGAAAGUAGUACUACAGAACAGACUGAAAAAUUAGAAUAAUUAUGUAAUCCUUAAAGUUUUCAAAAUUAUAUUUUCAAUAAGUGUUCUUAAGCUUUUUUCUUUAAUAUAAACGGAACCUUCCUCAAAAUGAAAUGAAAACGUUAUAUAAAUUAUAAAUAAAGAUUCUAACUGUA